AUGGAAAGCCAGGACAGACUUCUAUCUGAGAAGGGGAGCGAUGCCUGCGGCCCAGAGCCGGCAAUGGCGAGCAAUAAGGGUCUUAACCGGGCCAAGAUGCUUAUCACGAGAACAGAAAGAAGAAGAUUAAUGGAGGUGACUUACGCGACUCUGACGGUAUUGUACGUGGCUGUUAGUUUCAGGUUGGGCUGGACGAUUUUCAUUAGAUCAUGGACAUUACCCUUCCAGGCCGUCGGUGAAUGGGCGCUUCUGCAGGCAACAUUACUCGUAGUGAGGAGAUUCCAGAGGAGCAACUGGAAACGAACGAUAGAAGACGCUAUAUUGGACUGGGCUGUAGCGCGGGUUUAUUUGGGUUGGCUGACUAUAACCUGCACGUAUGGCCUAGCAGAUUACAUAUAUUUCGGGUCGGCAGUACCGGGGUUUGUAUUAUAUUUUGUCUUAAACCCCAUAGAGGCGAUCAUGUUCGACUACUUCAGAUGGGGCAUUCCCAUCGUCAGCCUGGCCUGGUGCUGCUUAGUCAUCGAUGUGCUAGAAGGGCGAGUUAACAGAGCGUACAUCAGGUCCUUGAGAAUAACUACCGUCUUUGGGCUGGGGUGGUCGUUUUACAGAGUUGCUGCGGGUCACGCUGACUUACGAAGAAAGAGCAAAUUUGAUGGCGGGAUAGCCAGGCUGGUUAAGAUCUUCACAGAAACAUGCUACUCUGCGAGUGAAGAUGAAGAGAAUAGCAGAUGUCGUACUAUAGUGGCAUGGCAAGCACCCGAGAGGCGGAGGUUCGGGGCUUUGGACGCUAGGGAAUUCAUCACGCGUACCCUAUCCAAGAGCUGGAUUUAUGACGGAGAUGCCUACGCAGCCUCUCCGGUUACCAAUGUGUACAUCUCAGCAUUAAUAUAUGCUGUCAAUCUUAUAGCUUUCGGAAUUUCAGGCAAGUUCGUGGGCUCAUUCGGCGAACGAGUGCUUCAAUUUACUUGGAAUAAUGUUAUGGACACGGUCGAAGUUGUUGGGUUCACUUUCUUUUUAGGUAUCUCUGUGAUGGCCAUCAUGUUCCCUAAGACGACCAGAGCUCACUUGACUUACAAAGUGAUCCUCGUAGAUUCCAGGUCUAUGAAAAGAUGGGGAGCUAUGUUCUGGGGCGUAUCCGCUGAAGAAAUCAAUGCGUGCGUUGAGGAGGUCGGGCCCUGUCAACUUCAGUUAUGGAGAAGCGGGACGGGCUGUUACAUGGGUCAAGGUGCAGUAGGUGGAUCCAAUGAGCGGGGAGUUAAUCUUUACACAAGGAAGAAAUACCUUGACGAAAAGUGGGGCGAGGAGUUCUCCGCAAGCCUCGUCGGGGAGGUAGUGGCCGACGCGCCAGGCGAGCCGGUAUUCCACGUUGGUACGGGUAGCCGAAGAUUAGGAGAAUUCCACGACGACAUGCUAGUGGGGGGGUACACCUGUGUUGCGUCUGAUCGAUAG